UCUUCACAAAGCAAUCAACAAAUAAUCUCUUAUAGCUCCAAAAAUGAAGAUCCUCAAAAGCCUCUCUGUGCUCUCCCUCCUUCUAGCUCUCAGCUUCACUUUCACAGAGGCUGCGAGGUUCGACAUCACAAACCGAUGCUCCUACACCGUGUGGCCGGCGGCCUUGCCAGCAGGUGGUGGCCGACGGUUGAAUUCCGGCCAGACAUGGUCCCUCAACGUGCCCGCCGGCACAACUAGCGGUCGUAUAUGGGGUCGAACUAACUGCAACUUCGACAAGUCGGGUCGUGGAAGUUGCCGAACCGGUGGUUGUGGAGGUGUCCUCCAAUGCAAACUCUCUGGGGCGAAACCAACUACGCUUGCAGAAUUUUCCCUUAACCAAGCCAACAAUUUGGACUACUACGAUAUCUCUGUGAUCGACGGUUUCAAUAUUCCGAUGGCGUUCCGUCCAACCUCUAAUGGCUGUGCUUCCCUCCGGUGUGCCGCCGCUAGGUGUCCCGCUGCUUACCUCUUCCCUGCUGACAAUACUAAAACUCACAGUUGCCGAUCAGGAACCAACUAUAAGAUUGUCUUUUGCCCUUGAAUGUGCUAUUAGUCGAUCGUCGCACAGCUUGUUUCCUUAUUCCCACCUCCAAAUAAGGAACUAUAUGUAAUAAUACGACGCCGUUCUCAGCAUAUCUAGUGUAUGUGUGCACUUCUCUUGUUGGGAAAUAAAGAAAUAAAUAUUGACUUUGAUUA